AUGAAACAGUUUUUGGUAACAUCAAGAGAGCGUUUGAAGGCUUGGCAAAUGAAGGGACAGUAUAAAUUUGAGAUUAUCAAGAAAAGGAAAGAAAAAAUCUGCAUUCUGGGUUCUAUUGGACCAAAAAAUUAUCUUGCUUAUAAGUUAAUUAAAGGGAAUGUGA